CACCCUUCCCAAGAGCGAUAGGUGAGUGUGAAAUAAAUAGAUUGUCUACAGCAGUGCUGAACUUAAAACUUGCGGAAUCUUUACUGAAGAUUUUCUGUAUUUGCAAUAUCGGUAACAGUCCAGAUAACAGAGUCUAUUGAAACAGCACAGCAGUGAUUGACAGAUGCUUAGGACCGGAAAGUUUGCUUUAGCUUUAGAGGAUUGUAUUUGCAUAGAUCCGCCGGAUUUAGGGGUUUGAUUAGGUCCGGAGAUCUUGCUGAGGUAGCAGGGAAUUGCAUGAACUAUCCGUCUCUAGCGCAGGCUUAGGCCUAGCAAUUUGUCUUGUAAGCUGUGGAGGUCCUACCUCAUCCAGAGUCAGCAACCCAAGAGAGAAGAGAGCGAUCAAGUUGGCGCAGCUCCCUUAUAUGGGCAGGGGCUGGCCGUUUUAGAUUGGUCCAAUCAGCUGUUACUCACCGUUACAUUGCAUUGUGGGUGAUCACAUGUCAUGAGAACCACCAAAGGUCGUUCAGCAAACCAUAGAGUUCUGAACUAAGUCACAUGACCCGCAGGUCCUGCGACGCAAACAAGCCCAGGGUGGAUUCUGAACACAACAUGAGCCAUUCAAGGGGAUUGCCAGGAUUGCCUCCUCUGCCUUCAGCACUGACAACAGAACCUUCAGAGCUCUAUCAGCUUGUUCUUAUGCACAGUAGCUUUCCUCCACUGAUGCAAAGCAAAUCAUGGACCCUGGCUGCUCCAUUCAAAGAACAACGUUAUCACCGAAAUCCCAGUAACUCCAUAGCCAAUAACUACUCACCGUCCGCUCGAGACCUGAAGCUUGGAGACCUGGCAAAGAAGAUCCCCUCUCCAAGGCCCAACACAGCAAAGAUUUCAGCCAGAUCCAAAGUCCCACAACCUUCAAAGGAUGUAUCAUGCAUACCAAAAAAGCCAAAACUUUCUCCCAGGAGCAAAUAUAACACUGAUAGAUGGAUAAUAAGCAGGUAUAGUGCUUUAGAGCCAAUUGCUGUAGAUGAGAACGCUCCGCAGACAGAGACUCUGACCUACACAGAGAGCAGGCCUAUUACUCCAGAGGAGCAAUUACAAAUUAUGUUACAGCAUGAAGCAGAAAUAGACAAACAACAGGAUAAGCCGACUCAAAGAGACUUGGAGAGGUAUUUCCACUACAUACACCAUGGGAUUCAGACAGAAAUGCUGGCACCCCAGGAGAAGGAGCAGAUGGACAGAAUCUUAACAAAUGUUCCCAGCCAGCUCCUGAAAAUCCCGGCUCUGGAGAAAUUGCUGCAAGAAAUAAAAGAAGAGGUUGGAUAUGAUUAUUACAUGAGCCUUAGGAAAAGCAUUGUUGAUUACAUCCUAAAGGAUCCAGAAGAGAGAGACAGACUGUUUGUUGGCAGCAUUCCUCGUUCUUUUUCUCAUCGGGUAAUUCGUGCCCCAGUUCCUUGGCACUCUUCUUACAGUGACGCACAUAAGUGGAAUGAGGAUCACCUUUUCACAAUAAACCCUAUGAUGUUGUCUUUGCAAGACCUCUGGAUUACUGAGUUUAGCGAUCUGAGGUUUGUGCGUACGAAAGACAUGCUGUCUGGCAGCUUACCGCUGCUUCCUGCUGAAUUUGAAGACCUGGUUCAGAAGCAUUGCCUAGAAGCUCAUAACACAUUGCGUAAUAAAUGGAUACCAUAUUGUGCUUCCCUUUUUAAAUCUGAGAAGGAUAAGUGGAUUCAUUUAAUCCCCCAGAAUGAGAACGACUCUACCAUUCAGGUUCAGGAGUUUUUUGCUUGUGCCUCCUCUCUGAUGUCCCUGCAGCUGCGCAAGAUGGUCAUCAAUUCUCUGCAAGACUUGCUGGCUUUUUUUACUAUACACAAGGAAGGCAAUGAUUUUGGAGAGACGUACGACGAAAUGAAAUUCUUCACUCCACAAAUUCUUAUAAUCAAACUGAAGGUGGAGGAACCAAAAAUAGCUUUUGAGCCACUUCUGGAGGAGUGUUGGAACCUCAUAAAACGCUGCUUCCUUGAGAUUAUUAGAAAUGCGGAAGGACUUCCUAAAGUUGAAGUUGAGCUCUUUCCAGAUCUUCAAGGAGAGAAUCUUUCUUUGAGCUCUGUAAAGCAAGAGGAAUCCUUAGUGUCUGAGUAUAUUAACAAAACCAGAGAGAUUUUUACCUUGAAUAUAGUUGGACCACAAAAGUACCUAAAUGUUUAUAAAAAAUACAGUGAUCUUUUGAACAAGAAAGCUCAGCAAGAUAUUAUGGCGUUCCUUAAGGAAGAACAUUCUUUGCAGGCCUUCACUAAGAAAAUCAAUAACUUAUCACAGCUACAGGGAGAAAUUGCGUCUAUGCAUGUUACUGUCCCUCUUGCCAUGUUCUGUUUGGAUGCCUUGCGUCUCAAUGAAGAUCUCUGUGCCAGAGCCAAAAAAUUAAAAGAUCGUCUUGUUCAGUUUGAAGUGGAUGAAAACAGGGAACUCAAUAAAAGUAUUUGUUUGAAGUACAGCACAAUAGCCGACAGAGUCAGUGAAGUACCAGCUAACACUGAAGAUUUGGUCACUCUUGCUGACUUCUUAAGGACCUCAAGUGAUGUCACUGUCUAUAAACUGAAAGAUGAGAUUGCAGAGGCAGUGAGUCGAUUAAUGUUUCUUCUAGAUUACGCAACUCUUCAGUAUGAUGACCUGAAGUUGAAUAGCGCUGUAUUUCAUUGGCCUGUACAGAUAGAAACAGUAUUUGAAGUCAAUAACAAUCGUUUAAUGGCCAGAAGAGACCAAGCUGAGGAUGAGCUGCGGAAAAGGCGCACAGAUUUUGAGAAACUGCUCAAUAGCUACAGUUCAGAAAUAGAGACUUUUAAGAAACGGGAGAUCAUGACCAUGGACGAGAUGAAGAAUAAUGUUGAAAAACUAAAUGAGCUGGACAAGAACCUGGCUUCAGCCCUUGUGGAGUUUGAGGCCAUCAAUAAAGAGGAAGAGCUACUUGAAUGGGAGAAAAGUCAAUUUCCUUUGCUGCAAGAGACAAUGAUAAACAAGGUGCCUUUUGAACAACUCUGGGUAACCGCUUAUAAUUUCCAUUGUAAAUCCGAGGAGUGGAUGAAUGGGGCUUUCCUGGAUUUAAAUGCAGAAGAGAUCACAGAGGAAGUGGGGAACAUGUGGAGAACCUUAUACAAACUGGCAAAGAGUUUCACAGACAUGCCGGGACCUAGGAGAGUAGCCGAGAAUGUGAAGUUAAAAAUUGAAAAGUUCAAAGUGCAUCUUCCCAUCAUUUCAGUCAUCUGUAACCGCGGGAUGAAGCCUCGCCAUUGGGAACAGAUCAGUGAAAUAGUAGGAUUUGAUAUAACUCCAGAGCCUAAUACAUCGCUUAUUAACAUGCUGGAAUAUGGACUUUCCAAGUACAUAGACAAGCUGGAGCAGAUCGGAGCUUCGGCAAGUAAAGAAUAUUCUUUGGAGAAAGCCAUGGAGAAGAUGAAAUCAGAGUGGUCCACAAUGACCUUUAGCUUUGUCCAAUAUCGCGAUACAAGUACAAGCAUCCUCUCCGCUGUUGAUGAUAUUCAAUUACUGCUUGAUGAUCACAUUAUAAAAACCCAAACAAUGUGUGGUUCACCAUUCAUUAAACCCAUUGAAGCAGAAGCCAGGGAGUGGGAACAGACACUAGUGCUGAUUCAAGAUAUUCUGGAUUCCUGGUUAAAGUGUCAAGCCACGUGGCUCUACCUGGAGCCCAUAUUUAGCUCUGAAGACAUAAUAGCUCAAAUGCCAGAAGAAGGACGGAAAUUUGGUAUCGUGGACAGUACCUGGAAGGACAUUAUGACAGAAUCGGUUAAAGAUACCGGAGUGCUUAUCGCAACCAAACAGCCUAACAUGUUAGAAAGGCUUCAGGAAUCCAAUAUCCUCCUGGAAGACAUUCAGAAGGGAUUGAAUUCUUAUUUGGAAAAGAAACGAUUAUUUUUCCCAAGGUUUUUUUUCCUCUCCAAUGAUGAGCUACUUGAGAUCCUGUCUGAAACCAAGGACCCAUUACGUGUACAACCUCAUCUGAAGAAGUGUUUUGAGGGGAUUGCCAAAUUGGAAUUCAGCGAUGACAUGGAGAUCACUGGAAUGAUAAGCUCAGAGAUGGAAACGGUCCCUUUAACACAGAAAAUCUACCCAGCAAAGGCUAAAGGUAUGGUAGAAAAAUGGCUUUUGCAAGUGGAAGAAAAUAUGUUGUCCAGUAUGAGACAAGUGAUUCAUGAUGGGAUUGAGGGAUACAUUGAGGUUCCUAGAAAGCAAUGGGUCCUUCAGUGGCCUGGGCAAGUCGUCAUCUGUGUUUCCUCUAUUUACUGGACGAAAGAAGUCUCAGAAGCUAUAACUGAGGGCACAUUGUCUGAUUUCUUGGAGAAAAGCAAUAAGCAGAUCAGUGAGAUUGUUGAGCUGGUCAGAGGAAAAUUGUCUGGUGGUGCACGAGCAACUUUAGGAGCCCUUACAGUUAUUGAUGUACACGCACGUGAUGUUGUUGCUAAAUUGGCAAAGGAUAAAGUAUCAAGCCUGAAUGACUUCCAGUGGAUUUCUCAACUGAGAUAUUAUUGGGAAGGCCGAGAUGUCAUGGUCAGAAUGAUCACAACUGAAGUAAAAUAUGGAUAUGAAUAUCUGGGCAAUUCACCUCGACUUGUCAUUACUCCACUGACUGAUCGAUGUUACAGAACUUUAAUGGGUGCACUCAAGUUAAAUCUUGGUGGAGCUCCAGAGGGUCCCGCUGGGACUGGAAAAACCGAAACUACAAAAGAUCUUGCCAAAGCUUUGGCCAAACAGUGUGUCGUCUUUAAUUGUUCUGAUGGCCUCGACUAUAAAGCGAUGGGUAAAUUCUUCAAAGGUCUUGCACAGUCUGGAGCCUGGGCCUGCUUCGAUGAAUUUAACAGAAUUGAGGUGGAGGUAUUGUCUGUAGUGGCUCAGCAGAUUCUAAGUAUACAACAGGCGAGCAUAAGAAAUAUGAAAACUUUUUUGUUUGAGGGGACUGAGCUGACACUGAACCCAACAUGUUCUGUAUUCAUCACCAUGAAUCCUGGCUAUGCAGGACGUGCUGAACUUCCAGAUAAUCUAAAGGCAUUGUUCAGGACAGUGGCCAUGAUGGUCCCGGACUAUGCACUUAUUGGUGAAAUAUCCCUUUAUUCAAUGGGAUUCCUGGAUUCUAGAAGCCUGGCUCAGAAAAUUGUUGCCACUUACCGACUGUGUUCAGAACAGCUGUCAUCUCAGCACCACUAUGACUAUGGUAUGCGUGCCGUAAAAUCUGUCCUCACUGCUGCUGGUAACCUCAAGCUUAAGUAUCCAGAAGAGGAUGAGAGCGUGCUUCUUCUGCGAGCCCUAUUGGAUGUUAACCUUGCUAAAUUCUUGGCACAGGAUGUCCCCCUAUUUCAGGGUAUCAUCUCUGAUCUGUUUCCUGGAGUGGUUCUGCCAAAACCAGAUUAUGACCUUUUUAUUCAGGCUCUGAAAGAAAAUAUUGCCAAAAUGAAUCUGCAACCUGUUCCAUGGUUCAUAGGGAAGAUAAUCCAGAUCUACGAAAUGAUGCUUGUGCGUCAUGGCUUCAUGAUUGUUGGAGAUCCUAUGGGGGGAAAGACUUGUGCAUAUAAAAUCCUGGCUGGAGCGCUUGCGGAUUUACACACAGCUAAAUCAAUGGAUGAGUUUGCUGUGGACUUUAGAGUGAUCAAUCCAAAAGCCAUUACUAUGGGUCAGUUAUAUGGAUGCUUUGACCCAGUGAGUCAUGAGUGGACAGAUGGAGUGCUGGCGACUACCUUCAGAGAGCAGGCAUCCUCUACUACCGAUGAUAGGAAGUGGAUUAUAUUUGAUGGCCCAGUAGAUGCUGUUUGGAUAGAAAAUAUGAACACCGUACUGGAUGACAAUAAGAAGCUCUGUUUGAUGAGCGGGGAAAUCAUUCAGAUGAAUUCAAAGAUGAGCCUAAUUUUUGAGCCUGCAGACUUGGAGCAAGCGUCCCCGGCAACUGUGAGCAGGUGUGGGAUGAUCUAUAUGGAACCCCACCAGCUCGGAUGGAAUCCUUUGAAAGAUUCCUACAUGAACACUCUGCCGGAACAUCUUCUGAGUGAACACAAAGAAUUGAUUAAUGACAUGUUUAACUGGCUGGUUCAGCCAUGCUUGAAUUUCAUCCGUCUGGAAUGUAAAUUUCUGGUGCAGACUUCUCCCAUCCACCUGACAUACAGCAUGAUGAGACUUUACACCUGUCUGAUCGAUGACAUAGUCAGAUCUGGAGAAGAAGGCAGAGAACCCAUGUCCAGCCAGCAGAUAACAUUGUGGUUACAAGGUCUUUUCCUGUUUGCCUUGGUUUGGAGUAUUGGGGGAACCAUAAAUGGAGAAAGUAGAAAGAAGUUUGAUGUUUACUACCGUAACCUUCUGAUGGGCAUGAACGACCAAAACCCUCGACCCAAGAGUGUUAAAUUAACAAAGAACAAUGUGUUUCCAGAAAGAGGAACUGUAUAUGACUUUUAUUUCCACAAACAUGGCAGUGGACAGUGGAAUACGUGGACUGAUUAUAUUACCAAAGAGGAAAUGACUAUUUCACCUACAGCCAAGGUAUCUGACCUAAUUAUACCUACAAUGGAAACUGCCAGACAGUCCUUUUUCUUAAACUUAUAUAUAGAACAUUCUGUUCCUUUGCUGUUUGUGGGACCAACCGGAACAGGGAAAUCUGCAAUCACAAACAGCUUCUUGAUAAAGCUUCCGAAAGAUAAAUAUAUUGCCAACUGCAUCAAUUUCUCAGCAAGGACCUCUGCAAAUCAGACCCAGGAUAUCAUCUUUUCUAAGCUAGAUCGCAGAAGAAAGGGCCUGUAUGGACCACCUGUCGGGAAGAAAGCUGUUGUUUUCGUGGAUGAUCUGAACAUGCCAGCAAAAGAAAUUUAUGGAGCCCAGCCACCCAUUGAACUGUUGAGGCAAUGUAUAGACCAUGGACACUGGUACGACAGAAAGGACACUUCGCGACUUGAUAUCACUGAUGUCUUAUUUUUGGCUGCAAUGGGGCCUCCUGGAGGUGGGAGGAAUGACAUUACCGGCCGCUUCACUCGACACUUGAAUAUAGUUUCUAUUAACGCUUUUGAUGAUGAAACAAUGACAAAAAUAUUUUGUUCCAUAUCAGACUGGCACUUUGGCAAAGGAUUUGAUAUUUCAUUCCUGAGAUCUGGCAAACUGAUGAUACAAGCAACCAUGGAAAUUUACAAGACAGCUGUGGAAAAGUUCCUGCCAACGCCUUCCAAAUCCCAUUAUGUUUUUAAUUUGCGAGAUUUCUCCCGGGUUGUACGUGGAGUCCUGCUGUGUCCUCACACUCAUCUCCAGGACAAUGAUAAAUUAAUCAGAUUGUGGAUACAUGAAGUUUACCGUGUAUUUUAUGACCGCUUAAUUGACCCAGAGGACAGGCAGACUUUCUUCGAUAUGGUCAAAGAGACAACAUCCAAUUGCUUUAAACAGAGUGUUGACAAGGUUCUUAGCCACUUGACACCUACUGGAAAAGUGGUUGACGACAACAUCCGAAGCCUCUUCUUUGGAGACUAUUUUAAGCCUGACAGUGACACUAAAGUAUAUGAUGAAAUUACAGAUCUUAAGCAAUUAACGUCAGUCAUGGAAUAUUACCUUGAUGAAUUUAAUAAUGUUAGCAAAGCUCCAAUGUCUUUGGUGAUGUUUAAGUUUGCCAUAGAACACAUUUCAAGAAUCUGUCGGGUGUUGAAACAGGACAAUGGCCAUCUGCUGUUGGUUGGAAUUGGAGGGAGCGGCAGACAGAGUGCUACGAAGCUGGCCACCUUCAUGAACACAUUUGAACUUUUCCAAAUUGAAAUAACAAAAAACUAUACUAUAAAUGAAUGGCGUGAUGACAUCAAGAAAGUAAUGCUGCAAGCUGGGGUCGCUGGGAAAAACGCAGUCUUUCUGUUCUGUGAUAAUCAGAUCAAAGAUGAAGUGUUUGUUGAGGAUAUAAACAUGUUAUUGAACACAGGGGAUGUCCCUAAUAUAUUCCCAGCAGAUGAAAAAGCAGAUAUAGUUGAGAAAAUGCAGUCCAUUGCAAGAACAGAAGGGAAAAAGAUCGAAGCCACUCCAAUGGCUAUGUACAAUUUCUUCAUCGAGAGAGUCAAGGCUAACUUACACAUUGUACUCGCAAUGAGCCCAAUUGGUGAUGCUUUCCGAAAUCGUCUGAGAAUGUUUCCAUCAUUGAUCAACUGUUGCACCAUUGAUUGGUUCCAGACUUGGCCAACAGAUGCCUUAGAAAUGGUGGCGAACAAAUUCUUAGAAGAUGUGGACCUUGAUGACGACAUAAGAAAAGAGGUUGUUUCCAUGUGCAAGUAUUUCCAGGAAAAUGUCAAAGAAUUGUCAGAUAGCUUCUAUAGCACGCUGCGUAGACACAACUACGUCACACCAACCUCAUACUUGGAACUCAUCCUUACAUUCAAGACCUUGCUAAACAGCAAAAGACUUGAGGUUGAUACUAUGAGAAACCGAUACCUUGUUGGCCUGGAGAAACUAGAUUUUGCAGCAUCACAAGUCUCAGUUAUGCAGAAAGAGCUUACUGCGCUUCAACCAGAAUUGAUUAAAACUUCAGCCGAAACAGAGAAGAUGAUGAUUAAAAUAGAAAAGGAGACGGUGGAAGUCGAUGCCAAGAGAGAACUUGUGUCUGCCGAUGAAAAGGUGGCCAAUGAGGCAGCUGCCGCUUCUAAGGCAAUUAAGGAUGAAUGUGAAGGUGAUCUAGCAGAGGCCAUGCCAGCUUUAGAGGCAGCACUAUCGGCUCUAGAUACUCUGAACCAAAAUGAUAUCACUCUGGUAAAAUCUAUGCAGAAUCCCCCAAAUCCCGUUAAAUUGGUUAUGGAAAGUAUCUGUGUGAUGAAAGGGAUAAGACCGGACAGGAAGCCGGACCCAGGAGGAACAGGUAAAAUGGUGGAAGACUUCUGGGGCCCAUCUAGGAAAGUGCUCGGAGACCUGAAGUUUCUAGACAGCUUGAGAGCCUUUGAUAAGGAUAACAUUAAUCCUGCAAUUAUGAAGAGAAUACGAGAGAAAUUCAUCAACAAUGAAGACUUCCAACCUUCUGUGAUUAAGAACGUGUCUUCAGCAUGUGAGGGUUUGUGUAAGUGGGUCAGAGCCAUGGAAGUGUACGAUCGUGUUGCAAAAGUGGUUGCUCCAAAACGUGAACGUCUUAAAGAAGCAGAGGCUAAAUUAGCAGUACAAAUGCAGGAGCUAAACACAAAGCGAGCUGAACUAAAGGCUGUAGAAGACCGAUUACAAGCCCUCAACGAUGACCUGCAAGCUAUGAAUAACAAGAAGGAAGAGCUAGAAAAGAAUAUAGAUCUGUGUUCACAGAAGCUUGUACGUGCAGAAAAACUUAUCAGUGGUCUUGGAGGAGAGAAAGAUAGAUGGACAGAAGCUGCUCGAUUGUUAGGGGCAAAGUACACAAACCUCACUGGUGAUGUCCUCUUGUCCUCUGGUACUGUAGCUUACCUUGGGGCCUUCACAGUAGACUAUCGGCAACAAUGCCAAAGCAGAUGGCAUGUUUUAUGCAAAGAAAAACAAAUCCCAAGUUCAAAUGACUUCAGCCUAAGUACAAACCUUGGCGACCCUGUUAAAAUCCGUGCUUGGCAGAUUGCUGGUCUACCAGUUGAUUCCUUCUCCAUAGAUAAUGGUAUUAUCGUUUCAAAUUCCAGGCGAUGGUCUUUGAUGAUUGAUCCACAAGGACAGGCCAACAAAUGGAUCAAAAAUAUGGAAAAAAAUAACAAACUUUCUGUCAUCAAGUUGUCAGACUCAAAUUAUACAAGAACAUUAGAAAAUGCUAUACAGUUUGGAAACCCAGUUUUGAUUGAAAAUAUUGGAGAAGAAAUAGAUGCUGUUUUGGAGCCAGUGUUGUUAAAACAAACCUUUAAGCAGCAAGGGGUUGAAUAUAUUAGACUUGGUGAAAAUAUUAUAGAGUAUUCCAAAGAUUUUAAGCUUUAUAUGACUACUCGGUUAAGAAAUCCCCAUUAUCUCCCAGAAGUGGCAGUGAAGGUGUGUCUUCUGAAUUUUAUGAUCACACCAUUGGGUCUUCAAGACCAGCUUCUAGGCAUAGUUGCAGCAAAAGAAAAACCCGAUCUAGAGGACAAAAAGAACCAACUCAUAAUUGAAAGUGCCACUAACAAGAAACAGCUGAAAGAGAUAGAAGAUAAAAUUUUAGAGGUAUUGUCCUCUUCGAAAGGAAACAUCUUAGAGGAUGAGACUGCCAUUAAAGUGUUAUCUUCGUCUAAACUCUUGUCUGAAGAAAUUUCAGAGAAGCAGCAGAUUGCCACUGCAACAGAGAAGGAAAUCGAUGACACACGAAUGGGAUACAAGCCGGUGGCUAUUCAUUCAUCCAUUGUCUUUUUUUGCAUUUCCGAUCUGGCAAACAUAGAACCAAUGUAUCAGUAUUCUCUGACCUGGUUCAUUAACCUCUAUGUACACUCCCUUGCCCAUAGUCAAAAGAGUGAUGACCUACAGACAAGAAUAUCAAAUAUAAUAAAUCAUUUUACAAAAAGUAUCUACAACAACGUGUGCAGGUCUUUGUUUGAAAAGGACAAGCUCUUGUUUUCCCUUCUUCUGACCAUAGGAAUUAUGAAAGGAGAAAAUAAAAUAAAUGAAGAAAUUUGGCGCUUCCUUCUGACUGGUGGAGUAGCCCUCAAUAAUCCUUACCCUAACCCUGCUCCGGACUGGUUGUCAGAUAAAUCCUGGGCUGAAAUUGUACGUGCUUCCAACCUCCAACCACUCAAUGGCUUUAUGGAACAUGUUCAAAGUAAUAUUUCUAAAUGGAAGAUGGUCUAUGACUCUGUAAGACCCCAGGAUGAAGUAUUUCCAGAUGAAUGGCAGGAAAUAACAGGAUUGAAUCGCAUGAUUAUUCUUAGAUGUCUUCGUCCUGAUAAAAUGGUCCCAGCAGUCCAGGAGUUCAUUGCAGAAAAUAUGGGCAAAACGUACAUUGAGCCUCCAACGUUUGACUUGGCAGGGAGUUAUAAUGACUCAAACUGUUGUGCACCAUUGAUCUUUGUGCUGUCUCCUGGAGCAGAUCCUAUGGCAGGUUUAUUAAAGUUUGCUGAUGACCUUGGCAUGGGAGGAGAAAACAUCCAGACCAUUUCGCUGGGACAAGGUCAAGGGCCAAUCGCAGCAAGAAUGAUCAAUCAGGCCAUCAAAGAGGGGACCUGGGUCAUCCUUCAGAACUGUCACCUGGCCACUAGCUGGAUGCCAUCCCUGGAAAAGAUCUGCGAAGAAACUAUUGUGCCUGAGACUACAAAUGAGAAGUUCAGGCUAUGGCUGACCAGUUACCCUUCAGACAAGUUUCCAGUGAGCAUCCUUCAGAAUGGCAUCAAAAUGACUAACGAACCCCCAAAGGGCCUUCGAGCAAAUUUGCUGCGGUCAUAUCUGAAUGACCCUAUAUCUGACCCAGUUUUCUUCAGCAGCUGUCAGAAACCAGAGAUGUGGCAAAAGCUCUUGUUCGGACUCUGCUUCUUCCAUGCACUGGUUCAGGAACGACGGAAUUUUGGUCCAUUAGGCUGGAACAUUCCAUACGAAUUUAAUGAGUCUGACCUGAGAAUCAGCAUGAGGCAAAUUCAGAUGUUUCUCAAUGAGUAUGAGGUGGUUCCAUUUGAGGCCCUGACAUACCUGACAGGUGAAUGUAACUAUGGAGGCAGAGUGACAGAUGAUAAGGACAGACGUCUCCUGCUGUCUCUUCUUUCUAUAUUCUACAGCGAGGAGAUACAGAAGGACAAUUACAGACUUUCUCCAGACGAUACUUACUACAUCCCUCCUUAUGGCACUUACCAGUCUUUCCUUGAGUACAUCAGAAGUUUGCCACUGAUUACCCACCCGGAGGUGUUUGGCCUCCAUGAGAAUGCUGACAUCACUAAGGAUAACCAGGAGACUAACCAGUUAUUUGAUGGCGUCCUUCUCACCCUGCCCAGACAAACAACUGGAAGCGGCAGAUCGUCUCAGGAAAUUGUUGAAGAUCUGGCAAAUGACAUCUUGGACAAAUUACCAAGUGAUUUUAAUCUGGAAAAGGUGAUGGAGAAAUAUCCGGUAGUCUAUGAAGAGUCUAUGAAUACAGUGCUUCGACAGGAGUUAAUCCGCUUUAACAGGCUCACAGAAGUCGUACGGAGCAGCCUGAUCAAUUUAGGCAAAGCAGUGAAAGGCCAAGUGUUGAUGUCGACUGAGCUGGAGAAUGUUUUUAACAGUAUGCUGGUGGGGAGAGUGCCAGCUAUGUGGGCAGCCAAAUCAUACCCGUCCCUCAAGCCCCUGGGCAGCUAUGUGUCUGACCUGCUCUCAAGACUGCAGUUUUUACAGGACUGGAUAGACAAUGGGCCACCGAAGGUGUUCUGGAUAUCAGGAUUUUAUUUUACUCAGUCAUUCCUGACAGGUGUCUCCCAGAAUUAUGCUAGAAAGUACACCAUACCUAUAGACCACAUUGGAUUUCAGUAUGAGGUGACCCCUCAUGAGAACACAAUAGACAAGCCUCCAGAAGAUGGAGCUUAUAUCAAAGGACUCUUCCUAGAAGGAGCACGGUGGGAUAGACAGAAGAUGCAACUAGGAGAAUCUCUACCAAAGAUCCUUUAUGAUUCUUUACCCAUUAUAUGGUUGAAACCAGGCGAAAGUUCCAAGUUUGUUCCCCAGAACUCAUACUUUUGUCCUGUGUACAAAACCAGCACUAGACGGGGUACACUGUCCACCACAGGGCAUUCCACCAACUAUGUCGUCCCCAUAGAGCUCCCUACUGACAAGCCUGAGAAGCACUGGAUUAACCGAGGGGUGGCCGCCCUAUGCCAGCUGGAUGACUAGCUCAUGGGCACAACAAUGGAUUACACGAUUAUAUGCACUGCACUCUAUUCUAUUCCAGGAUAACCUGCAUGAAAUAUGUGCUUACACAAUGCAAAAUCUCUUAGUGUAGAAAGGUAAAAAAGACUUUACUCUCUGGUUGGUUUUCUGGCAAAUCCUGUGAACACUGGGUCUAACUGUGUCAUUUUUGUCUUACUUAUCCACGUAUAUGUAACUUUAAGAGGAUGUCUACUCCCUGAUGUUCUGUUUCUAUUUGCUGGCCUAUACUACUUGUAAUGGGCUGCAUUAUUGUUAUAGUGGGCGAUACGUCGAUUGUCUGUUAUAUAACUUGUUUGAGGUUUGCACUUCUUUUUGCAUAUAAUGUUAUGUUUCCUAUGUACAAUGAAUUUCAAUUUAUUGUCUUUCUUAUAUUGAAACAAUUUAAUAAAAUCCUUUGAAAUAAAAAGACUAUAAACUGGAAUUCAAUGAACCACAAUAAAACUUUUGCUUUA